CAGUGUCUCCUUGUCUUGAUCAUGUUGAUAUAUCAGUGUCUGCUGCCCAUGUCUUCUCGCUCUCGUUCUGCUACAGCUCUUCGGGCAGUUGUUGCUGCACCUACAUCACAUCUCUACCGUCAUCCUGCGAUGCGAGUAUGAGAACGUGCUACCUUGACACAGACCAUCCGCCGUUUUGCCAUUUAGUAUGGCCCCGAAACCUCCUCCACCACCUAUGAGCCAUUCUGUUGCGUACUACGACACUCAGAGAAACUUCAAGCAAGCCAAUCUGACCCAUACGGCGAACCUUCUGCCAGCGCAACCACCAGCGGCACAUCUCCAGUCAAAUACCCAACAUACUGUCUCCUCACCAAGGACAGGACUUCAUCGAGCUCCGAGCUCUCCAUCUAGCGACGGAUCAAGUUCCGCUGCCUCAGAUGGUGACAUCUACCUGGCGAAACACCAAUACCACUUCGCUCCUAGAGCUGAAGAGGGGGUGGUAGGAAAGAAGAUCUCCAGACAGUCACAUUAUGCGUCGCAUAGAGGGACCAUGCCCCAGGCAGGGAGUCGCACACAUUCAGCAUACUUAGAAGACAACUCCACCGUCCUGCGGUAUGUUCAGUCAGACGUGGACGACGAAGACGAAGUUGAUGACCAUGCGCUUUGGAUUCUGGUCUGGAUGUCCUUCCUUGACCCAUUCCACUGCAUUUUCAGCGCCAUGUAUACUAUAUUCGCCCUCCUCACUUUUACACUUCUCCUUCCCCUACGACUAUGUCGUGGAGAAUGCUCUCCGAGCACGACGUUUGUGAGAAUGGUUGCGCCGGUGUUUCGGAACCAUCUCCAACUCAUCUACGCGAAAUCUUUGAGCGAUGCUCAUAUGUUCGAAUUCAGCCCGGUGUGUCUGGUGCUAAUACACCUCGUUUCGCCGAUCAUCAGCCUGGGCAAUGCGAUCGCGGCGUGGAUUGUCGCCAUUUUCUGGCUGUUUGCCCUCAUCAUGGGCAAUCCAGAUGGGACCGAAAGGAAGGAUGAUGGUCGAGCCACAGUGCUUAUGCUUCGGGACUGGUGGGAGCGGUGUCUGUUGUAUGCCAUAAGGAAAUAAUGUCUUAGCGUAUGUCUAUCACGAAGGAAUGACCAUUUACCUCAUAUUGGAUCAAGAAGGGUUCCACUUUCAUGCUUUCGUAUUACGAGCAGCU